CAGUGAACAUCACUACUAUUAUGCACACAAAACGAGGGCCUGCCUUCCCUCUCCGCUCUGUUAUCAACUUUUGCAGAUACCUAUCUCUCUUUCCUUCUGUAUGCGCUCUUUGUGCAUUUUCAUCGUUUCACUCGCGCUCUCUCAUUCUUACAGUACAAAAACUGCCCUUUUUGAAGUCCUGAUAACUGAUGCGCUUCAGUGCCAUACCUGCAUUCAUUGCUUUUAAUCUUCCCUUUCAGGUUUCUGUUAAUAUCUUGAGUUUUUGACUUCCCAGCUAGUGUCCUCUUCCCUUCCUCGUAUCUUGUUUGAAAACAAAUACUCGUCUCUGCUUUUGCCUUGUUUUGUUCUCUUCUUAAAGAAAAGAAAGUUGAAUUUUUUUCUAUUACAAUUUCGUCUUUCAUUAUCGGGUCUUGUCUCAAUCCUAUAAUUAAAGCUUUCCCCAAGUGGGUUUUUCGUUUCUUGGAGAAAAACACUUUUAUGUUCUCAUGGCAGGAAAAGUCUGUUCUGUUUCUUGACCAAGGUGUGUGAUUUUGAGGUGAAAGGUUUUAGCUUUCUCAUACUCUUUGUUUUUUUCAUUUCCUUAACUUCUUGGAUUUCUCCAAGUGGUUUUAUGGGUACUGUUUAUUUCCCAGUGCAUAAGUUUGGAUUUUGUUGAAGCCAUUGCCUCAUUUGAAGAACUUUCUGUUUACAGGCUUGAGAAAUGGAGUUGAUUUUAUGAACUGUAUUUUAGUAUUUUGGCUCAAAAAUGGGUUCUGCGAGCUCCAAAGUUGACAAAACUGAACCUUUGGCUCUGUGCAAGGAAAGGAGGAAAUUCAUAAAGCAAGCAAUCGAUUCGAGGUACAAUCUUGCAGCAGCUCAUGUCUCUUACAUUAACUCUCUUAGAAACAUUGGUGUAGCUCUCCGGCGAUUCGCUGAAGCGGAGGUUUUGAUAGAGUCUUCUCUGUCAACAACCUCAGCCACCGAGCUUGACAAGUCUCCAUCACAUUCUUCAUACCUCUCUCCCUCUCCCUCCCACAAUGCAGAGGUCUCAGAUUCACCAUUGCACUUUGAGAGUCCAAUAUCACCACCAGUGUUGAAUAUGAGUUAUAUGAGAGCUGGUGGAGGUGGUAAUGCAGUUACUGUUAAGUUUAAUUUGAAUAAUAGUAGUGAUUUUGUAGAGGAUGAGUCGUUAGGGUUCUCCAUGCCGCCGCCGCCGCCUCCUCCUUUUGAGUCAGGUGGCUCUUGGGAUUUUUUUGAUCCAAGUGAUACUGGUGAGAGUUUUAGAUUUGUAGGGCAUGGUGACUUGGAUAUGGAGUUUGAUGAUAUUGGAGGGUGGAAUGAGUUUAGGAGUGAAAGGGUUGGUGUUGAACAUAGUGUGGUGGAUGCAAAAGGAAAAUGGACAGAAGUUGGUUUGGAUAAAAACAGUCGAGUACAUGAAGAAACUUUGAAGCCUGGUGUGGAGCAAAACGGGGUUGAAAAUUCUGGCAAUUCAAUAACUCAAAAUGGCAGUUGUAACUUCAUAGUGGAAGGUACUGCCACAUCAUCUAGAUUGAGAGCAGUUGAAGGUUCUAGUGGACAAGUACUUGUUGGUCAGAUGAGGCAUGUAGAAGAGGGGCAGAAUGUUAAUGUUUCCACCCUUGGACAAUCAGGUUCAAAGAGGGAGAAAGCAGUAGCGGUGAACAAUUUGUCUGCAGAGAGAGAGGAUCCGUCGGAGUUCAUUACGCAUAGAGCUAAGGAUUUUCUUUCAAGUAUUAAGGAUAUAGAGCAUCGCUUUUUUAGAGCCUCUGAAUCUGGCAAGGAGGUCUCCAGAAUGCUUGAGGCAAACAAUAUCAGGGUUGGAUAUACUGAGGCAAAAGGGGGGUCAUCUGCCUCAGCUAUUUUGGUGGCUGUAAAAUUUGUUUGCUGUCGUGGAAAGACUGCACUUGUUUCUCAUGAACCUAUGGAACAUAUGACUAAGGUCAUUACAUGGAAACGGACAGCAUCUUUGAGGUCAUCUUCAUCAAGAAAUCCUCUUGUCACGGCAACAAAAGAUGAUGCCUCUGAUAGUGGUAAUGAUUUUGUUGAAGAGUUCUGCAUGAUUGCAGGGAGUCAUUCUUCCACCCUUGACAGACUGUAUGCAUGGGAAAGAAAACUCUAUGAUGAAAUAAAGGCCGGUGAAUCUAUCUGGAAAGAGUAUGAUCGGAAGUGUGACCAGCUUAGGCACCAGUUUGCCAAAGAUCAAAGCGUUCAUGUGAUUGACAAAACCCGGGCUGUUGUAAAGGAUCUACAUUCACGCAUAAGAGUGGCAAUUCAUUCUGUAGAUUCAAUAUCAAAGCGGAUUGAGAAAAUAAGAGAUGAAGAGUUGCAGCCGCAACUUCUAGAGUUAAUUCAAGGGUUGAUCAGGAUGUGGAAGAACAUGCUUGAAUGCCAUCAUGCACAGUACAUCACAAUCUCAUUAGCAUACCAUUCAAGGAGAUCAACAGAAACUCCCCAGGGAGAUACUCGGAGGCAGAUUAUGUCUCAGCUUCAGCAGGAGAUUGAAUGCUUCGGUUUUAGCUUUGCAAACUGGAUUAACAGCCAUGCUUCCUAUGUGGAAGCUGUAAAUGGGUGGCUGCAAAAUUGCAUCCUGCAACCACAGGAGCGUUCCAAGAGUAGGAGGCCAUUCUCCCCUCGCCGACUCUUGGCCCCACCUUUAUUUGUUCUCUGUCGUGAUUGGUCGGCUGGGAUCAAAGGUUUGCCAUCUGAGGAACUUAAUAAUGCCAUCAGAACCCUCUUAACUGAUUUGCACCACCUAAUGGAGCAACAAGAAGAACAGUUACAAAAGGAAGACAAAGUAGUUGAUGUAAACAAUGGAGAAUCAGUAGGCAAAGAGAAUGAAAGGAAUGAUGACGUGUCAUCGAGCUUGUACUGCAUACAUGCAAUUUUGACAAAGGUUCUUGACAGACUGAACAAUUUUUCCGAGGCAUCAUUGAAAAUGUACGAGGAUAUCAGGCAGAAAACUGAAGCAGCUCGAGUGUCUUACUUGAAUUGCAGGCCGCUUAGGUGUUAAAUGUUAUUUAAUUUAGAACGUAUAAGCAUUUCCAAGUUUGUGGUUGGAAAUAGAAACUUGUACAUACGAAAUGAGUUGUUUCAAAAGGCUUUUGAGAAGCAAUAUAAUAUUUCUUGUUUGGGAGUGAA